GUCAAAGUUUGUGGUACCACCCUUGCCAUCGAUUCAAGACUAUCGAUUAUUACGAUUAUUUAUUUAAAAAUAAUACAAAUAAGGAGUGGACUUAAUAACAUAUAUGUUUUCUAGUUGAAAAAUGUUUCACAUAGAUUAAUAAAAUAAUUUUAUUGAGGAGAAUGGUUUAUAUAUAAUAUAUGUUCGGGUGUCUGGUGUUAAGAUUAAUAUAAUUAAUUAAUAUUAUCAUGAAAUGAAUUUAUACAACUGACAAGCAUUGGAUUCAUAUAUAUUUAAAAAAAAUACCAAAUUUAAAUUUAAAGGUUUUGCAAGGUUAACACACAGAAAACAGAAUAUAAUUGAUAAAAUUAUGUAAAAGAGUAUGCUUUUAUUUCAUUUGUGAGAUAGUCAAAAUAUAUCGAUAAUAUAAUUUCAUCUUUUUUUGUUUAUAUUUAUUACAAACUUAAGAUACUUUCCCAAUUGUAUAUAAUUUAUCCGAAAUUGAUAAGUAAAAAAUAGUGACAAGAGGAACAAUUGCAACCUAUAAAUAAGCAAAGUACUUAAUAUAAAGAACACAAAGAUGCCAUUAACUGCUGAAAAUGCUGCUCUACAAAUUCAGGACCGGUUAAAAGAUUUGCAGCGGCUCAUUCAUCAAAUCGAUGACGAACGUAGACGUUCUGAGGCGAAUGUGAAUAGUAUACUUCGCGCACAACAAUCAAAUUUUCCACCGCAAAAAUUGAAAACAUUAUACAAAACUGGACUUCAAGAUGCUUCUCAUGAAGAAGCGACUAUACGUGGAGCUUUAGACAAAAUACAGGAAAUUCGGAAUAUACGAAAUGAACGUCGCGUUGCUGCCCGCAAUGCUGGCAAUAAGGAAGCCAUUCGACGAGGAGCCCUUAUGAAAAUGGUUCAAAUUUCUGCCCAGACCUUACCUCUUUUUGUAAGCAAGCCGGGUGAAAAGGUGCCUCCUUUAUGUGGCGCUACGCCAGCAGAAAGCAACUACAUUGCAAAAGUUGGUGAUAACGUGGCAGCUUUAGUUAAAGGUGUAGAAGAUGAUGAGAAUUGGAUUUUAGCAGAAGUUGUGCAAUUCUUGCAUCGCCAAAAUAAAUACGAUGUGAUCGAUAUAGAUGAAGAGCAAAAGGAUCGACAUGUAUUAAGUAAGCGUAAGAUUAUACCACUGCCGUUGAUGAGAGCUAAUCCAGAAACUGAUGGUCAUGCCUUGUUUCCAAAAGACACAGUUGUCAUGGCGCUGUAUCCACAAACAACAUGUUUUUACAAAGCUAUUAUACAUCGUUUGCCACAGACAGCUACAGAGGAUUAUUUAGUGCUAUUUGAGGACUCUUCUUGUACAAACGGAUACGCUGAUCCAUUACCAGUGGCUCAACGGUAUGUCAUUGCUUACAAACCAACAAAGAAGAGUGGAGGAGGUGGAAGUGGAAGUGUUUCUUCAGCAUAAGGAAAUAAAAACAACAAUUAUAUUCAGUUAAUAUAUCUUAUAAAAUAAAAUCUAAUAAUUAAAUCUAUAUUUACAAUUAAAUUACUC